GCCGGUGGGCCCUCGCUGCCGGCGGUGCGCCCGGUAGUGCUGCGGCGCGCCGUGCCUCGGCCGCCGUCAGGGCCAGGGGCGGCCUGGCCGGCGCGUCGGCGCCGGGAGAGUCUGCCGCGGCAGGCCCCUGCGGCUCCUUCGCGACCGCGGGCCUGGAGGCGCUGCCCGCGCCCGCCGCGCUGCGCGCCUGGGCGGAGGCGCUGCCGCCAGACUUCCGGCGCUUCGCCGCCGCUGUCGAGGCUCGCGGGCCCGGCCACCGCGUGUGGGUGGUGGGCGGCGCGCUGCGGGACUUGCUGAGCGGCGCCGCGACGCCCAGGGAGGUGGACCUGUGCACCACCCUGUCUGCGGCCGAGAUGCUGGAGGCCUUCCCCGAGUCGCGCGGCACGGGGGAGCAGUUCGGCACGGUCACCAUCCACUACGGCGAGCUGGAGCCGAUGGAGUGCACCGCUCUUCGCGCCGACAGCGCGGCCUACUCCGACGGCCGGCGCCCAGACAGCGUGGACUUUGUGACGAGCUUGCGCCUGGACUUGGCCCGCCGCGACUUCACCGUGAAUGCGAUCGCGCUGGACGUGGAACGCCUGCUGGUGUACGACCCUUUCGGCGGCUCCUCGGACUGUGCCGACGGGGCACUGCGCGCGGUUGGCGAGGCGGCCGAGCGCCUGGCGCAGGACGGGCUCCGCAUCAUGCGGGGCUACCGGCUCCUGGGGGCCGUGGCGGCCGGCCUGCCACCUCGCCAGCCCGACGCCGCGCUGUCCGCGGCGCUGCGCGGCGCUGGCGCGCAGGUGUCGAGCAUCUCAAGGGAGCGCGUCACCGACGAGCUGCGGCGGAUCCUGGGGGGUCACUCUCCUGCGGAGGUGGCCGCGAGAAUGGCGGAGGACGGCGUGCUCGCGCCUACGCUCGCCGAGCUCGGCCCGGCCGAGGCAGGGCUGUUGGCUCUGGGAGCGUGGCAGCGCGCCGGGGGCAUGGAGGUGGGCUCGUGGUUGUGUCCGCUGGCGCUGCUGCUUGGUCCAGCGACCGACGGGGCAGCCGAGGCGGCGGGCCAGGAGCUGAAGCUGACCAAGAAGGACCAGCAGGAGCUGCUGUGGCGCCGCCGGUGCCUGUCGCGCGUGCCAGACGCCAGCGACCUCGGGUCCGUAAGGUGCUACAUGACCGCGCUGGGCGUCGAGGAGGCCGCGUCCCAGCUGAGGCUGGAGCGCGCCUGGGCGGUCGCCGUAGGGGGCGAGCUGGCGGCAGCGAACGUCGACGCCGUCGUGCGGGCGGCCGCGGGCCUCAGGCCCGGCAGCGUUGCCCCGCGCCCGCUGGCCGACGGUCGCUGGGUGAUGCAGGAGGCCGGCUGCAAAGGCCCAAGGGUGGGGCUGCUGAAGGACUGGCUGUACUACGAGCAGGUGGUGCGCGACGUGCAGGACGCGGCCGGCAUGAAGGCCGUCCUUGCCGAGCUGGCCUGGGAGGACGCCCACCCUGGCGAUAUUCCUCGGGUCGCCUGGCCGCCAGGCAGCGGCUGAGCGCCCCAGCCGCGCGGCAGUAGCCGUACCGCUGUCAGGGGGGGCAGCGGGGGGAUCGAUGGCGUCAUACGCAAUGCAGCCCCGUUUGCCCGUCUGCCCGCGGCAGUGGUCAAAGCACGCGC